UAAACCAACUUGCACAAAACGUAAAGCAAAUACUUAAAAUGGAUGUCGUCUCCACUACAAGUACCUUUAACAUGACCAAGGCUGCCAGAAUCUGGGAAUCCACAGUUCCACCAAUCUUACAGUUUGUUCUUGGAGUACUUGGAAACUUAAUUGCACUCAUCGCUCUGAUAAGAGCCAGAAAGAGACACAAAUGGAGGCCGUUUUACAGACUGGUCGCGGGCUUAGCUUUGACGGAUGGCGGGGGAAUUCUAUUAGUCUAUCCAACCGUUAUGAUCAGAUAUGCCUCUGACUUUACCUACGAGUUUCCAAAGCCUCUGUGUGAAUACAGCUCUUUUAUAUUUACCUUUAUGCUGAUUUCCUCAGCAAUGAUUGUUUGUGCGAUGUCUUUUGAUCGCUUUAUGGCUAUUUUAUAUCCUUUCAAAUACAAUAUACUAAAUAAAAAAUAUAGAGCAAACAUCACGCUGAUUUCCAUCUGGAUUUUUGGAGCCUUCAUUUCCAGUUUACAUUUGAUGGGACUUGGAUCCAGUUUUAAUUACUAUCCAGGUUCCUGGUGCUUUCUGAACUUUAUUGGAGUAACCACCCUAGACCGAGCCAAUUCCUACGUUUACUCCUUAUUUGGAUUGCUGAUCCUAUUUACCACUAUCUCUUUUAAUGUGCUUGUCAUUGCGUCACUCUGUAGACAUUUUAGAGAGGACAACACAAUUUCCAAAACCAGACGAAGAAAAUCCGACAUCUUCAACGUGAUUUUAUUGCUCGUAAUUGUUACCCUUUUUACGAUUUGUUGGACCCCACUUAUGUUCACCAUUCUUGGGCAUGCAGCCCUGUGGAUCAGUGGCGAUGGGUCUAGAGAAUUAACCGUAGUAAGACUGUGCAUCACCAAUUCCAUCAUCGAUCCCUGGAUAUACAUUCUUCUGAGGAGAGAAAAUUUCAAAGCUCUCCAGCUGCGAUUUAAGGGCAUUUUCGGAAAACUGGCUUUCGCGACAGACAGUGGUGAACAAGAUGUCACGCCAUCAUCUCAUUCGCGCAAAAAGAGUUUCGAUAACACUUUGUCGUCUGGUAAAACACUCUCCACAGACGACAUGAUUACUUCGGACUUAAGUAAAAAGUGACCGAUUAUUUUCUACUUGAAAAAUUCUAUGUUCUAAAUGGGUUUUUCUCUCAUCCAUCUUUUACACACUGUUAAGAAAUGGGAAACGAAAAUUUAUUGACACGUUAAGAUAUAAAGAUUACUUCUUGUGAGAUAUUCAUAAGAAGGAAAUAUGGUUAAAAAUAGGUCUACAAUCCAAAUGUUAUAAUUACUCAAGAAUUUUAAAAUCGCAGAAAGUUUAAGGUAAUUAUCUGGUAUCCCCCUAAAUAAACCAAUGAUACCCUAAAACUCCAUUCCACUGUACGCAGCUAGAUGAGUGCAUUAAUUAAAACUGUGUGGGAAUGUUAUCCAGCUUUGUUCAUCUGUUGCAGUCUGGGGAUGCAGCUAUGUUUGAAAGAUAUUAUACCUGUGCAUUUUGUUCGAUGCAUGCUAAAAAGGGUUUUAAUCUGAUUAUUUAGAUGAACAAGGCAAGAAUGCAGUUUGAUGUAUUUGACCAUAUAUAUUUGACUAUGUGUUGUCAGGCUGAAAUACGAUUCCCGGAGGUUGUAUUUUUGGAGAGAAGGGUAGGGAAGUCAUCGUCAGAGUACUGUUGUGCCAUCACUUUACCUUAGUGUGUACCAAUUCAGUCCACCUUGUAUACCAUACCGUUACACUACCACCAUCAAAUCUACCAAUCUAUCUGAGAUGGUGUUUAGCUACAAAUCAUUCAUUGCUAAGCUUGAUUAUGCACUGUGACUCUUACAAUAAAACAUUUAGACUUGUAGAUAAAUUAAACUGUGACACUGCUAUGGUCAUACUCUGUUGGUCCGAUCCAAGCCUUUGAAGUCAAUAUUUGCGGAGCUGUGAUUUCAAACCAACAUAAGUCCACUGCCUUUGAUUCAAACAUCCCUUAGUCAAGUGCAAACAGUUUCUUUUUAUGUCUGUAUACAAGUGUAUAAUUCAGGAAAAGCUCAUGCUGAAAAUGACCUCAUUGUGGAAAGUUUAUGAAAAUUACGAAAAACAAUAAAACGAUUCAUCAUUUUCAAAUAACAUCAUGUUUCAAAAAUAUCAGAAACAAAAGUUCGAGAAUAGAUUUUAUGUGGAUCAGAAACUAACAAAAUUAAAGUGUUAGAAUUUUGCAAAAUCAACAUUUUUUUCUCUGGGUUUUGUCUAUAGUGGCUAUAGAGUUACAAAUGCAUUAAUAAAUAAUGAUCUUACUCGAAUAAGUCAAUUUACAUCUAAAAAUAAAUUGUAAAACAAAUCUAUUCUAUUAUUCAGCUUAUUUUUCCUCUUUUAAUUAAUUCAUGCAAAGAUGAUAUAGAUAAGUUUAUGAAUUAUAUUGCAUCGUUAACAUUACACCGAAGCAUACUCAGAAGUGUGUAAACCAAGGGGAAACUUCACAUUAACUGAAUGUUUUUGUAAGAUAUUUUCGCAUAAAAAAUCAUUUAAAUUCGUUGACCUCAGAAAACUAUUAUUAAUAUGGCUAAUGCUUAUUGUCUAUUGUCAAAUUCAAUACUGAAGAUGAUAGGAUUUCUAAAGUAAAACGAAAACAAUUAGCAUAUAGUAUGUUCAUGGGUUUUGAAAUUUAAGCUAUGUUUUAAGCUGCAUUAAAAGUUUGUCCUAAAAAAUUAAAUUCCGUUGAAAUUUUAUUUUUUUAAUCGAGCAUUAUACUAGUACAUGUUCUUAAAAUUGCCAAUGACUCCUUCAACAAUAUAAAAAAAUAUUGAUAACCUAUUAUUUUACAUUAAAAUUUAUUUUGAUUUAUAAAAGAGUUCUUUGACAAGAACAAUUAGCAAAUUAAGUGACAAAAUGACAUGUGUUGAAUAUAUUAGAAUCUGUGAAAAGUAUUGAUAUGAUGGACAUGACAGAGAGAUCAAUUGAAUAAUUACGUGUAUGUUUUAUAAAAGAUUA